AUGAGGGGGGCGGGCAUGGCGGUUGUCACGGUUGUCUUGGAAGGUGAUUCGGGUUGGCCCAGCUACAUCAAUAAAGGCACCUACAACAUCAGCGCGCGCCUCUAUGCUCGCUUCGGCUGGGGAGCUGGCAGCCCUGGACCCAUACAGGUCGCCAUUUGCGAGAUGCCUGACAGGUGUUUGUUGCCCCUGGAGCUGCGCGAGUUCACCUCCGGCGGCCUCGUGGUGGCCGAAGCCUCCAGGGUUUGGGAUGGAACGACCCUCUUCCCCAGAGCUGUGAAGGUGAGCUCGUUGUCCACGGAUCUCUUCUUGGCGGAGUUUGUGGACGUGGAGCUCUUGGGGCAAUGGCGUCGCUUUCCCCUGAACCGGUGGCUUCUGAUGCAGGAGCACCUCACCGACGCCACGGUGUGGGAGACCUUCACGGCACCGCCCCUGCCCACCGCCGCGCCGGCGCAGUCGCACUACACGGAGGGAGACCGCUGCGGUGGCUGUGGCCUGGGCACCAUUUGUCGUGAGAGGCCUCAAACAGCCCUGGAGUUGGCCCAAAAGGGCAUUUCUCUCGCCACCGCGACCGAAGUCUUCAUGACCUGGGAUUGCCAGUUCGCCUGUGGUGAUGGCCUGGUCGUCGGGGAGGAGCAGUGUGACGAUGGGAACCUGGACGCGCUGGAUGGCUGCGAUGCGAACUGCAAGGUGGAGCCGGGCUUCGUGUGCGAUGGCUCGCAUGGCUUCGCUCCGUCCCAGUGUCGAGCCAUUGGUUGCGGAGCCGCGCCGCACCCGUCGCAGCACAUCAGUGCGGCCUGUGCAAGUGACCUGCGUUGUGACCUCGCGCCGGUUCGGCCAAAGGCGGUCCUCGCGCAGUUUGUCGACCAGGGAAACUUCCUCCUGGUGGCCUUCGAUGCGGCGCUCGCCGCAUGGAACGGCACCGACCUCGGAGAGGAGAUCCCCUGCAGCGAGUUCUUCACGCCCACCACGGUGGCCGAACUGGGAGACCGAGCUGCUUGCAUUCAAGGCUCUCCACAGCACUUGUUGGUGCGCUUGGGCUUUGGAGCUUCCCUGGGUGAGGCAGCCACUGCUGUCUUCGUUUUGGACACCGCUCGGCAGUACCAGCAGAUCAACUCACCUGUGGAGGUCUCUCGAGUCUUCGAGUUCCCGGCGCAGCGGCUCUUCCUGGGACCGGCCUUGGGUGAGACCAGCAACUUCGUGAAGCCCACGGUGAUCUUGCGUGGGCCAACGGUCUGGGGCCAAUGUGGAGAUCUUCACCUGGACGGGUCCUUCUCCUUGGGCUCCACUGGACGGCCAUGGAAGCUGAUCCGCUGGCGUUGCACCGGCGAUGGCUCCAGCUGCGCUAAGAUCGUGGGCUACUUGCCCAACAGCUGUGACCAGCAGACGCCGCUGGAGACCACUGGCUUGGCCGUGGGACCGGUGCCCUGUGGCCUCCGUGCGACGAUCCCCGAGGCGGUGGCCAGCGAUUUGACCAUCUCCCUAGCGACCCUGGAGAUCCACUUGAAGCUGGAGAAUGCGAUGGGUCUAUGGGACGAGGCCGUCCAUCGUAUCCGCUUCACCGUGGAUCGGGUCCCUAUGGCUGUAGCCCUCAGCGAUCCAGCCAUGACCGUGGAUGAGGGCAGCAGCGUCAGGCUUGAGCUCUCGGUGGGCCCGGCGCUGCCGGUGGCGUCUUUAGGUGCUGGAUCUUCGUGUGGAGCUUUGGGUCCCGUGUCCUUGGAGUGGCGCUACAGCUAUGGAAGCUUGCUGGAUCCCAGCCAGGCCUCGGUGCCGUCCGGGCAGCACGGUUGCUUUGAAGCAAGCAAGAUGUUAGCCAAGUACAACUAUGCGUGGCCCAGCCUGACGAACACUCCGCCCUCGCUCAUCGCUUCGUUGGAUGCCAAGACCGCUGCCUUAGAGGGGACGUUGGGUGAUUUGGACGUCCCCGGGAGCAACUGGACCCUCGUGGCACGUGACUCGGAGGAGAAGAAGCGGCGUUGUCCUCGGAAAUUCGUUUCGUGGGCGAGCCGGAAAAACCGUCGGGUCACCCGAGUCUCCCAGAAAAUGGGAUCAACUGAAAGACCUCUACGAGCAGAAGCCACCCUGGGUGGCAAGUGA